CCGAGACCGCGAGCUAUGGUGGGGCGGUCCCGGCGGCGCGGCGCGGCCAGGUGGGCAGCGGUGCGCGCCAAGGCAGGUCGCGGCCCGGCGGACGAAGCGGAAGACGACCUAGAAUUGCCACCCUCACCGGGGGACGCCAGCUACUACCAGGAUAAGGUAGACGAGUUCCAUGAGGCCCGGUCUCGGGCCGCCUUGGCCAAGGGCUGGAGCGAAGUAGAGAGCGGGGACGAGGAGGAGGAUGGCGAGGAGGAGGAGGUGCUGGCCCUCGACAUUGCCGACGAGGACGACGACGACGGGGAGAGCGAGGGGGAUGAGGAGGACGACGAGGAUGGCGGCAGCUCAGUGCAGAGUGAGGCUGAGGCCUCUCUGGAUCCCAGCCUGUCGUGGGGUCAGAGGAAAAAGCUUUACUAUGACACGGACUAUGGUUCCAAGUCCCGUGGCCGGCAGAGUCAGCAAGAAGUAGAGGAGGAAGAGAGAGAGGAGGAGGAGGAGGCGCAGCUCAUUCAGAGGCGCCUGACCCAGGCCCUGCAAGAGGAUGAUUUUGGGGUUACCUGGGUGGAGGCCUUUGCCAAACCUCAGGUGCCUCAGGUGGAUGAAUCUGAGACACGGGUGGUGAAGGAUUUGGCAAAAGUGUCGGUGAAAGAGAAGCUGAAGAUGCUGAGGAAGGAAUCACCAGAGCUCUUGGAGCUGAUAGAAGACCUGAAAGUCAAGUUGACAGAAGUGAAAGAUGAGCUGGAGCCAUUGUUGCAGUUGGUGGAGCAAGGGAUCAUUCCACCUGGAAAAGGAAGCCAAUACCUGAGGACCAAGUACAACCUGUAUUUGAAUUACUGUUCCAACAUCAGUUUUUAUUUGAUCCUGAAAGCUAGGAGAGUCCCUGCACACGGACAUCCUGUUAUAGACAGGCUUGUUACCUACCGAACUCUGAUCAACAAGCUGUCAGGUGUGGAUCAGAAGCUAUCCUCAGAGAUUCGUCAUCUACUCACACUUAAGGAUAGUGCUGGAAAGAAAGAACUAUAUCCAAAAGCAAAAUCCACCAAGGCCAAACCAAAAUCUGUUUCAGAGACUGCUGCUGCAGCUGCCUCUACUGUUGCAGAUCUUUCUGAUGAUUCCAAUUUUGAUGAAGCUGCACUGAAAUACUACAAAGAAAUGGAAGACAGACAAAAGUUGAAGAGAAAGAAAGAAGAAAAUAGUGCUGAAGAACAGGUUCUUGAAGAUAAAAAUGCAAAGAGAGCCAUUACCUAUCAGAUUGCUAAAAAUAAGGGACUUACGCCUAGGAGAAAGAAGAUUGAUCGCAAUCCCAGAGUGAAACACCGAGAGAAGUUCAGAAGAGCCAAAAUUCGCAGAAGAGGCCAGGUUCGUGAAGUUCGCAGAGAAGAGCAACGUUAUAGUGGUGAACUAUCUGGAAUUCGUGCAGGAGUUAAAAAGAGCAUUAAGCUUAAGUAAAGUUUUUGCUUUAAGUUUGGUUUUUUGGCAAGUUUUAGACCAAUAAAUUUUAAUUUUAACUAGUGAA